AUGCAUGGCAUGUCUCCCAUGAAAAGGAUGCAGGGAAGGAGUCCCAACAAUGUAGAAGGUCCUGUUGGUUCAGGAAAUCCAGACUGCUUUGGUGGCAAUCCACAAGGUAAUGACAGUGGUGGCCAAGGAGAUCCUGAUGGCACUGAUCCAUGUCCUGGAGGAGGUGGAGGCGGUGGCAAUCCAGAACCAGAACGCAGGUACUUUCGCGCCAAGGCAGAUGCCACAGCCUACCCAACCCUUUCUUCCAACAAAGAGUUCGAUACUUGGUAUGAGAAUCUCAUCAUCAUAGCCAGAGCCCAAGGCUUCUACAAGGUCUUCAACACUGACUAUGUUCCCAUGAACACCGAGUACUUUAACUCCUACGGAUGA